ACAAACAAGUUGAGGUCAUCAUCAUCGCCAUGUCUGGGCAUCAGAAGUACACGGGCGGAGGCUCAUCUCCAGUUGAAGUAACCUCGGCGUCGGAUAAUAAUCCCGUUCAGAUUAUCUUGACACCGCCUACGCCAAUCGUCUCCACCGGAAAUUUUGACCGACGAGGGGAAGACACGUUCAAGGAGGUCCUUCCUGCGGUGUCUGAGGAGAAAGAAGUUGUUCAAAAGACAGAUGGAUCUGACGGGAAGGAAGUUUAUGUUGUAAAUGAGGGACAUGAUGAGAAGGAAGUCUAUAUACCCGCCGCGGAGAAAGAGGUUUAUGACUAUGGGCUCGAAAAGGAAGUCCACGACUUGAGGCUUCAUGACGGACAUGAUGAGAAGCAAAUCUACGACCCAAACGAACACAUUGCUCAGGCGCAGCGCAUCGACUCAUUAGAGAAAGAAGUUCUCCCUCAAACAAACCACGAGGAUCACAAAGGGUUCUACCAUCCAAACUACUCAGCCCAGUCUCUACCAACCCAAGACAAAGAGAAGGAAGCGUCUAUGGAGGUUCAGAAAUACAACAGCAACACGAAUGAGCGUAGAGAGAGUAUCUCAACCGCAUCCACCGAAACAUCAGAGAAGAAAGAUAGCGCUGCUCGGGGUUACUACCAACGCCAUGUCAACAAAUGGAACCAAGCAGUCGACAAGAAGAAGAAGGCCUGGACGACAUUCACCAACAAUUCAAGUACAGCUAUGACAGAGAAAGCCAAUCAAAUCGAUAAGGGAUUCAAGGAUCGUUGUACGGCAUUCGAGAAUGGCACUACAGCCAAGUUGAACCAGCUUGAUAGAAGUAUCAGCGAUAGUGUUGAUCGAGCCGGAAAGAAUGUCAACACCAAGGUCGCGAAUUGGAAGACGGGUAUGGGAAAUAUGAAGAGUCAGAGUAUGAAUAGUGUAAAGACCUUAGGAUCUCGAUGUCAGAUUGGUACGACGGAGGGGAAGAAAGAGAAGGAGGCACAGUGAUAAAGGUGUUUUGAAUCGCUUAGGAGUUCAGUGUCAAUUUCAGUUCAGUUCCAGUCUUUGUUUCUCGUUCAGUC